GCAACGGGGAACACGAGAAUGCGAUCGACUCAUUUGCAAGGGCGCCAUGACAUCACCAGACCGCGGUGUCCGCCUCUCGUACUUGCGCCACUUUAUCAACGCCCAUGGCGGUGAAGCCAGCUUUGUUGGCAAGACGACAGCCCAAGUUUGCUUUGAGUUUAUCGUGCCUAUGACCAAGCCAACCGAGCUCUCGCUCGUCGACCACGUCGCCAACGACCCGUCGACCGCCGCUUACGUCGCGCCAGCCAACUGGUAUGUCUCGCACGCCUGGAUGUACCUCUUCUUGGAGACCGUCGACAGCCUCGAGCGCUUCUUCGCCGACCGAGAUCUUAGUG